CAUGAUGGUAGUAAUAAUCUUAACUGCUUUUUUAAAGACAGUCAUCUCCUGUCCGAGCGAUUCUUGCUUCUGCCGUGGAAAAACAACUGUGGAUUGUUCAUUUCGUGGUUUUGAAGAUAUUCCUCAAUUCAGAGGAGAAAAAAUUCGAUAUUCUGUUAUGGAUCUAUCAAGAAAUCACUUGAGUUUUAUUGGUCCCAACUCAUUUGAGAAUGUUGAUGCAAAAACUGUUAACUUCAGUAGAAAUCGUUUAAUUAAUGUUUCUCCUAGGGCAUUUAAUGGGCCUAUACGAAAUUCUUUACAAACUCUAAACUUGCGAUAUAAUCCGCUUUCGAUCCUUCAUUGGGCGGUCUUCCGUCGUAUGAGCAAACUUAAUCGCAUACUUUUGGACCAUAACAAUUUCUUUACCAUUCCAGUUGGUUUGUUCGAUGAUAAUCACGGACUGGAAGAAUUGAGUUUGGCACACAACAGAAUAAGUCUUCUCAAGACAGAUUCCUUUCGAGGAUUGGUGUCUUUAUCUAUUCUAAAUUUCAAGGAUAACCGAUUGAAGGAAAUUCUAGAUAAUACGUUUUUGCAUCUAGCAAAAUUGCAUACGCUAGACCUUUCCGGAAACCAUUUAUCGGUUUUAAAGCCUGGUAAGUAG